GUCAGAGAAACUGUCAGCAUUUGUGCAUUGUCAGGUCUGUGAGGCGGACUCAGCAACCCUGUGCUAGCUAACAUUAACGCUAACCAAAAGUGUCAGUUAGACCAUUAGCUAGAUUAAACAGCGAGGGACAGUGACAGGUGUACAAAGGAGUAAACGGUUUUUUGGACAAGACAACGUUUCAUUGAAUUGUUGUGAGCCUCUCCAGCUAGUGUUUGGUAAUAUUAAGUCCUUCAGCUAGGUGACGUGCCGGAGCGGUGAUGGACUUCAUUGCUGGAUGCGUCGGAGGUGCUGCUGGAGUCUUGGUUGGACACCCAUUUGACACAGUUAAGGUCAGACUGCAGGUCCAGAGCGUUGAUAAGCCUCUGUACCGUGGGACCUUUCACUGUUUCCAGUCAAUCAUACGGCAAGAGUCGGUAAUGGGUUUGUAUAAAGGCAUUGGAUCCCCCAUGAUGGGCCUUACAUUCAUCAAUGCUAUAGUGUUUGGCGUUCAGGGAAACACCAUGCGGCUGCUGGGACAUGACACUCCCAUGAACCAGUUCCUUGCUGGUGCGGCAGCAGGUGCCAUCCAGUGUGUCAUCUGCUGCCCUAUGGAGCUGGCGAAAACCCGCAUGCAAAUGCAGGGUACCGGAGAGAAGAAGUCUUCCAGGAAGCUGUACAAGAAUUCCCUGGACUGCUUGGCACGCAUCUACAAACGGGAGGGUGUGUGGGGUGUAAACAGAGGCAUGGUGACCACACUGAUCCGCGAGACGCCUGGCUUUGGAGUGUACUUCUUGGCCUACGAUGUGCUGACGCGCAGCCUCGGCUGUGAGCCAGACGACCGCUACAUGAUCCCCAAACUGCUGUUUGCCGGGGGCAUGGCCGGUAUCGCUUCCUGGCUUUCCACCUAUCCUGUGGACGUGAUCAAAUCGCGGCUGCAGGCAGACGGGGUGGGUGGGGUCAACCAGUACAGCAGCAUUGCUGACUGCGUGCGACAGAGCGUCAGGAGGGAGGGCUACAUGGUGUUCACGCGAGGCCUCACCUCCACGCUGCUACGAGCCUUCCCUGUGAAUGCAGCUACCUUUGCCACUGUCACCCUUGUCCUCAUGUACGCACGGGGGGUGGAGGAAGGACCUAAGGACUGUGAGCCAGCUCAGCCAAGUCACCAUGCACAGAUACAGGCCCAGCCCUCCAGCCUGUGACAGCACAGAGGGUCUUACCCUCAACCUGGGCACUUUACAAGAGCAUGGGGAGACAAAAUAUACAUACAAACCUUUUGUUACUGUCAGACCAGUCAUUCCCACUUUUGAGUCAGACAAUGCCUGGUUUGUAUAAACUUUCAUGUAAAGACCUAUAUUUUUUUUUUAGCAAUAAUUUAAGUUUCAGGUUUGCCUCUGACGAUGCAGACGUGUAAAGGGGGAUGGUGUUACCUCUAAUAAUAAUAGUGGAAAAUUGGAGCUAUGAGAUUCAUGAAAGAUUUAAGCAGCAGCUAUUAUCUGUGAGAAACCUCUUGUAUCACACUGAUCUUGUUACAAAACAUGUGGUGCGGCUAGGCAGGGUGUACACUGUAGACACUGGAAAUUCUCUCUUGAUUACAUACUGUAUAUCUUGAAAUGUGCAGUGUUUAACUGUACCUGUAUAUAUCAAUUAUUUUGAUUCAUUUCUUUUUUAUGUAUGUUGGAACGACCUUUCCUGCCUUAUGAUAUGAUAUGAUAUUUGUGUAAGGAAAAGAAGCAUCUGUUUGUACCUGGACUGUAUCCCCUGAAGAGCCAAGCAAACAUGAGAGAAGGAAUGUAGCAUCUGAUAACUGUCCAGGACUUAUCACUUGCGUAUGCUUUCAAACCAAAAAACACCCCACAUUGCAGCUAUAAUUUAGGCAUCACUAAGGUACUGUUAGUCCACACAGCACAUGGCAGCACGUAAAACACUCUGCUCUGAGAGGCUCUUCAGGGACCGAAUGCAAAGUGUCAGUGUCGUUGGUAUUAUGUUUUAUGUCUUGUUUGUUGUGUUUUACCAAGUAAUGUGAGGUUUUAUCAUCGUCACUUUUAAUGCUGUAUUAAAGGCCUGAUCCAGAGGUGGAACGUGGCACUACAUGUGACACUGUACUUGUUUGUUUGUUUUGUUUUUUUUGUACAUUUUGGGGGGCAAUAUUUAGGAUGGCCCUCAUUGAUUUAAUUUUGUACACAUGUCUCUUCAAAUCUAAAUGUGUAACCCAUAAUGUUUCCCCAGGGCUCAUUGCGGUUGAUUGUGGCACUCUGAGAUUGUCUCAUUUGGUUGGGGAAAAUUGAAUCAAAUAGAUUCAACAAUAACCACAUUUGUACCCAGAAGCACUAGAGCUUUUUGGUAUUUGGACAGCCAGCAGUAUGAGAAAAUGCCAGCUACUGCUUCACCAACAAAAGCAAUGUUUUAAAACUAGUAUUUGAUGAGAAUAGAGUCUCCUAGAGAGGAUCUAAAAUGCCCCUUAAAGGGAGCAGAAAAAAUGAUUUCUUACUUUUGGUUACUGUGUUCCUGUGGAGGGUUCUUAAGGUAUUAACUUGACAAAUGUGUAUUUAUGUGCACCAUAUACUGUACCUAAUCUGGAUUGGGGCUUUAAUUAGACUAUAUUUAUUUUUCAAGUUACUAUAUUAUAUUGAUAAUGUACAGGUAUUGUUAACGAGUGGGAUUUGUGUGCUUUCUGCAUGUGUCUGGUCAGUAUCAGAUGAUAUGACCAUUGACUAUUUUAUGCCUGAAUGUUGAAUUUCCUGCUGUAAAGCAAGCAAAGAUUCUCCCGUACAAAUGCUAACGUGUCAGUACCCGUCGAAGCAGUAAAUCGUCAGCACAAAUGAUAAUCUGUUCCUUUGAAUGCUUUCCUGAGCUCUUUCUGAAGUUGUAAAAGCUAGCAACACAUCAAACUACUGUUUUCAUUUGUGUAAGAAGAAUAUCUGUGAAAGGUUUUUUUGAGAGCAGCAAGUCACAGAUGCACUAAAGCCUUCGGUGUCUUGAAUGUAUCACACCUGUGUUCACUCACAGGUGUUCAGGCAGAGUUGAAAGACAAAGUGAUGUCUUGGGGUCUUAUUGAAAUUUAAAUGUCACUCGUUUGAAUUGUUCAAAGCUGCUGAGAGAAACUUGAACGGUUUUGUAUUCUGGUUUGGUCGUGAGUGACGAUGAGAAAUGAAAAAAGUGGAAAGAGUGCAAAGGGAUAUUUGGUACGUCUGUGGACGCUGCAUGUGUUUAAUCAAUAAUUCCACCUCUUUAACAGUGACUGUUAUCUCUGUAGAUUUCGUCUGAAACGUGUUCAUUGCCAUUUGACUACUAAUAUUUAGUCCAGCUGACGUGAAAGAUGCAAUAUGUACAGGAUGCAACUGCAUUAAUGUGAAAUUGUUUUGAAGCGUUAAUGUGUGUGUAUAUAUAUACAUAUAUAACAUAUAUUUUUCAGUCUGAAGUUGUUGUGUGGUUCCAUGAAUGUCUGAGUUUGAGCAGUUUUUAAAGUCUCUAUUUGACCAGUUUGAGUUCGCUGUUACACUGAAGAGAUAUUAACUGAAAAACUGAGACAUGAUAUUUUUGUAACAUAGUCAUACAUAACCUAUUUGUCUAGAUUUGUCACUGAGGAUCUGUACAAAUGGGUAAAUAAAAAUAAAUUCAGCA